CCUGUCCGGGAGGUAAGGGUGGCCAGCACAGCAGGUGCAUACUUCCCAGCAGCUCAAGCAGGAGCUGGGUGCUGUCCCAGCUCAACCCUGAUGUCUGGAGAGGUGAGCCCACCCCCGGCAUCUUUCUCUCCCACCAGGCAGCCCAAGGGGUUGCUGAAAAUUCAUUCCAGGUUGAAGGGUCGGCUCCUCCUGUCUGGUCUCUCCUCCCACUUGGGCCCACUCUCUCUUUCUCCCUCUACAGGUAGCUGAGGCCAUGUGUGACCUAGAAUUUGGCGGUGGCAAGGUGAAGGAGCACAGCACCAGUGACAGGUGGCAUGUGCCUUGGUAUGAUCGGUUUGUGCAGCCCUGUCUGGUUGAGCUGCUGGGCUCAGCCCUCUUCAUCUUCAUUGGGUGCCUGUCGGUUAUCCAGAACCAGAGCGACACUGGGUCGCUGCAGCCGGCCGUGGCCCAAGGGCUGGCCUUGAGCCUUCUUGUUGCCAUAUUGGGGAACAUCAGCGGCGGACACUUUAACCCUGCGGUGUCCCUGGUGGCUAUGCUGAUUGGAGGACUCAACCUGAUAAUGCUCUUUCCCUACUGGAUCUGCCAGCUGUGUGGUGGACUGAUCGGGGCCGCCUUGGCCAAGGCGGUGAGUUCCGAGGACAGGUACUGGAACGCAUCGGGAGCGGCCUUCGUGACAGUCCAGGAGCCAGGGCAGGUGUUGGGAGCAGUGGUAGCCGAGGUCGUCCUGACAAUACUGCUGGCUCUGGUCGUAUGCAUUGGCGUCAUCAACGAGAGGACACAUGAUGCUCUGGCCCCCUUCUUUGUUGGCUUCUCCGUCAUUGUGGCUGUCCUGGCUGGGGGUGCUGUGUCUGGAGCCUGCAUGAACCCUGCUCGUGCCUUUGGACCUGCUGUGAUGACCAACCACUGGGACUUCCACUGGAUCUACUGGCUGGGCCCACUCCUGGGCAGCCUGUUCGUAGGAGUACUCGUCAGACUCUUCAGUGGUAAUGGGAAAAACAGCCCUAUCCAAAAGGGCAGGUGAAGCUGAGAUGGUGGAGUUCCUGCUGCCCCAGGUGCCCUCAGGUGACCAGUCCUGGACUGUAGACAGGGCAGCUUCUGCAUUACCUGCUAAGGCAGAGCCUAGAGGAGCAACUAACCUGCCUCUCCUGACUGGACCUGACUGCUUGAAUAGACGGACUGCUGCUAAGUCUCAAGGAUACUCUAGGUUCUUUGAAUUCCUCUGUGUUCAACAGAGACUUCGGCCUGGGGAACGUGCUGUCGGCACUGCCCAGAGGAAGGUGGAAAAUAGGUCAACAGAAGAAUUUUUCUUUACAGGGAAGGUUCCAGGAUCAGAAACACAGUUGAAAGAGGUGGCUGUUUAUGUACCUCAGCACAUUCCUCUUACCCCUUUCUUCUCUCUUGUUCUUAAUUCCUCUGUACAGAGGGCCUCCUGUGGCCUGAGCACUUCCUUGUUUCCUGAUCUGCUAACCUAGCUUUGCAAUAAAUAGUCCAGAAUUUCUCCCAUAUGCCCAUUGGCUUUCAUUUCAGAAAUGGACACUGCUGGAGAGGAAGCAAAAGUCCAGGACUGGGCCUUGGCUGUCCAGA